CCUAAACUGUGAGACGUGAGACUGUGAGAGCUUCAGCCACUCCAUUGUGUUAGUGCACUCCCUUAAGGACGGGAUUUAUCGAACAUCAGGAAGACACCCUACUCACUCAACGAGUCAGUUCACAGUCACAACUCUAGAAUUAACAGUGCAACUCUCUAAACACGCGCGUUUGGGUUCAGUGCUUUUUCUACAGACAACAGCCACGCUGUUUUUGAUGAGCGCCAGCGCCGAACUUUAAUUUAUGGAUUUAACCAGCCAAGUUGUGACGCAUUUGGUUUCCCUGUGUUAUUAACACGUUAUGAAGCCACAUCUUGUCGUCUAUUUGUGUAACAGAAAUUUUAGUCUAGGCAUUUGUGACUUGAAUAACAAUCCGGAUCGGGAGUAUAAUUUAAUAUGAAUGACAACAAUAUGGAUUGUGAUCAAGUUCAACAAACAGAUGGCAGCAGAUCAGAAGAAUCAAUAAGUAGUCCUAAUCAAAGGAUGACAAGAUAUCAGAUCCUCACAUUGAUAUCAAUGGCAUCUGUCAACUUCAGCUCAAUGAUCUGCUACUCUAUACUGGGGCCAUUCUUCCCCAACGAGGCCAUGAAAAAAGGAGCCAGUCAGACUGUCAUCGGACUUAUAUUUGGCUGCUAUGCUCUGUGUAAUCUGAUGGGCUCUUUAGUACUGGGUAAAUAUAUUGUCCAGAUCGGGGCAAAGGUCAUGCUAAUUUCAGGCUUAUUCGUAUCAUCGGGGUGCACCAUUCUCUUUGGUUUACUCGACCGAGUUCCUGAGGGAGCUACUUUUAUUACUUUGUGCUUUAUCAUAAGGUCUGUUGAUGCUCUGGGCUUCAGUGCUGCAAUGACUUCUUCUUUUGCAAUUUCGGCAAAAGUUUUCCCCAACAACAUAGCAACUGUUCUGGGUAGUUUGGAGAUCUUUACAGGGCUGGGUCUGAUUCUGGGACCACCAAUAGGUGGAUGGCUGUAUCAGUCUUUUGGAUACGAAGUCCCUUUCAUGGCUCUGGGAUGCUUUCUAUUUCUUAUGGUCCCCUUCAACAUCUACAUCUUACCAAGCUUUGCUGCUGAUCCUACCAAGGACUCCUUCUUCAGGCUGUUCACACGUUUGAAGAUAGUCCUCAUUUGCUUUGCCAUAUUCACCCUGAGCUCUGGACUUGGCUUUCUGGAUGCAACCUUGUCCAUAUAUGCCAUUGAUAAGUUUGACCUCUCUCCAGGUUAUGUGGGUCUUCUCUUGCUUGGCCUGUCGUUGCCUUACUGUCUGGCCUCACCUCUGCUUGGUAUCGUUAGUGACAGGUUCCCUUCGACAAGGCCAUGGUUGAUGGUGCUAGGAGGCUUGUCUACAGCAACUGGUUUCUGGUUCUUAGGUCCUGUCCCCAUUCUGCAGAUACAGAGUCAGCUGUGGCUGUUGGUCUUCAUGCUGGGUGUCAUAGGAUUCUCUCUAAGCAUGAUUGCCAUCCCCACCUUCCCUGAAAUACUCAACUGUGCAUAUGAAAAUGGAUUUGAGGAGGGGCUGAGCACUCUCGGACUGGUGUCUGGAUUGUUUGGGGCAGUGUGGUCCAUUGGAAUGUUUUGUGGUCCAACGCUCGGUGGCUUCACCACACAGCAGCUGAGCUUUGAGUGGGCUGCUUCUGUUCAAGGAGGCCUGGCCUUUUUAGCCGCUUUCUUUCUUGGUAUAUAUUUUCUCUGUCAAGGAACACGACAAAGAAGGGCUCCUCAGAUCAAGAGGAAAAUACCUUCAGAUGAACGUACCCGUCUUCUGUCCUGAACAACGAUCAUCUACCAGGAACAUGUACAGUGAGAGAUGGGUACCAAACAAUAAACACCACUUCUUAAAAUAUUAUGUGUAUGUAUUGCUAGAGAUUGAGGUGGGCAUGCAUUGUAUUGCUAGAGAUUGUGAUAAAACAGAACAAUGAGAAAGAUAUUUCACCAGAUGUAUAAAUGUGAAGCAUCCGGUUGGCGUUUCCAAUCAUUACCAAACAUGGUGGUGAGAGGAAGCCCAGUGGCCGGGAGUGGGAGAAGAUGGAGCGAGAUGGAUUUUGGCCGACAUUCUGCAAA